CGAUACGUUGCUUCCCUCUCUAGCCUCUCCAUUUCUGUGCUCUCUUUCAGGCAGACGGGGGAGAUCGCACCAGCGGCAAUCGGGCCCUGCCAAAGGUGCAGCUAUGGUCGGCGUCUUCUCCUACGAGAGCUUGGUCCAUGCCAUGGCUGGAGCUGUGGGUAGUGUGACAGCAAUGACAGUGUUUUUUCCUCUGGAUACAGCUAGACUAAGACUUCAAGUUGAUGAAAAACGCAAAUCAAAAACCACACAUGCAGUUCUUUUGGAGAUAAUUAAAGAAGAAGGCAUCAUUGCACCAUAUCGAGGGUGGUUCCCUGUUAUCUCCAGCCUUUGUUGUUCCAACUUCGUCUAUUUCUAUACAUUUAAUAGUUUAAAAACUCUUUGGGCUAAAGGUCAUCAUUCAACUACAGGAAAGGACUUGAUUCUUGGUGUGGUUGCAGGUGUAGUGAAUGUACUGUUGACUACUCCGCUCUGGGUGGUAAAUACCCGUCUUAAACUCCAGGGGGCAAAAUUUAGAAAUGAAGAUAUUAUACCAACCAAUUACAAAGGCAUUGUAGAUGCCUUUCAUCAGAUAAUUCGAGAGGAAGGAAUCUUGGCUUUGUGGAAUGGUACUUUUCCCUCACUGCUCUUAGUAUUUAACCCUGCCAUACAAUUCAUGUUUUAUGAAGGGCUUAAGAGAAAAAUUUUAAAAAGACAACUGCAGCUGUCUUCACUGGACGUUUUCGCUAUUGGAGCAAUAGCCAAAGCAAUUGCCACUACCCUCACUUACCCUAUGCAGACAGUACAGUCAAUUUUACGGUUUGGACAUCACCGACUAAACCCUGAAAACAGGAGAUUAGGUAGUCUUAAAAAUGUCCUCUACCUUCUUCAGCAAAGAAUAAAGCGCUUCGGAUUAGUGGGACUCUAUAAAGGACUAGAAGCAAAGCUACUCCAGACAGUCCUCACUGCUGCACUCAUGUUUCUUGUCUACGAAAAACUUACUGCUAUUACUUUCACAGUCAUGGGGUUAAAGCAUCCCUUAAAGAACUAAAAUAUUUUAAUAUAAAGCAUAUAAAACAGAGAGAGGAAAUCAGAAUACCUGACAAAUGAUUGGGUGCCAUAAACAAUUUUAUCCCAAGGCCAAAAUUUUAUUUUACUGUGCUUUUGUUUUCAAUCAAAACUGUUGAAUGUAUCUAUAUUCCAGUAUCUAGAAGGCAUCACUUUUAGUCAGUUUUAUGUAAAGAUUGGGGCAUUCUUUGAUUUUUUUAUAUAUAUUUUAAAAUACCCUUUAAGCACUAAUUCUCCAUUUGCUGUCAGAUGAUAUUCCAAAUAUUUGGUGUUACAUGAUAAUCUUAAUGAGUCCAAUAAAGAUUUUAUUACAAAAUGUCCUUAGAAGAUAAGCUUUAAUUGGUUAAGAAUAUUUUAAUUGUCUUGGAAGAACUGAGUUGUGUUCUUUUAUGCCUUCUUCUGUAGCAACCUAAGAAUUUUGAAGAAUGGAUUUGAAAUUGUUUUAAGCAUCAAUUUUAUUACCGUUUUAAUGCUUAAUUAAAUAUUGUGUCAAGCUUCCCUGAUAUGAUAAAAUUGAAUAAUAUAUGUACAUACAUAUAGAAUGUUAAUCAUGUCAGAUUUCUGACAUUUAAGAAAUUAAAAUUAUUCCAUACAUACUCUUCUCCCUCUUCUAUCAUAUGAACUAUUUUAACAUAAAUUGCAGAAUUGGGAAUUAUCUUUUUAUACUAGUAGAAGCCCCAACUUAAAAAAAAAUGUAAUUACCAUAUGAGAUUGUUCAAACAUUGUGAUGAUUUAUUAUAUAUCAAAGUAGGUAACUAUGAAUCUUGGGUUUAUAUGUUACCUCUCUGAUUUAAUUAUGGGGCAGUUGAAAACUUCAGUUUUUUAAAUUGCAUUUUUCUUUUUGUUCUAAUCCAAGUCAACUUCAAAACAUAGGCAUAAAAAGGUUUAUUACUUUCAAUAAAUUAUAGUUAAGAUUUAACUAUGCUAUUGGUUUAAACAGUAUUUUAAGCAAUAUUUAUAUAUGGUUAAUAAACAAAAUUAGUUCCUGCAGCCAUGCUGAAAGAAAAGAAUAAAGAUGGAAUGUGCAAGUUUAUGAUUCAUUCUUAUUGUGAUAAAUCAUAGUAUUGAACUAUAUGUCUAUUAAAUAAAUGCACAUAUGCCCUAUUAUUAAAACUGUAAUUAAAUUUUGAAAAAAGAACCAACCUACAGCAAAUAAUAAACAUUCCAUAUUGUAACUGUAAUAAGUGAAAGACUAAGAAUUAUUCAAUAAUAUUUAUUAUUACUGAGAUCCAUAAUUGAUUAAUAAAGAAUAAACUUGGUUUGAAA